GGCGGGACGGUGGAGAAUAAGGCCGAAACUGGGUGCUGUAUGCGCCAGCGAGCCUGAGCGGCUAUGCGCUGCGCACACAGCGUCCGACCGCGUGAACGCAGGAUACGUUCGAGGGCCUCAGUUGGGCACGGUAGGAGGUAUACGAUUGCAGCUCCACCCAUAUGCAGAGAUUGCAUGGGGGGCGAUUUCGGCUGCGUACAAGGUGUACAAAGCAAAGCGUGACCGAGACAAGAAUGUGAACGACCUCGUGGACAAAAUGAAAGACGUUUACGAGAAGAUACUAGACAACCGAGACCUGCAAGGAUUCGACCUCGAUCUGCCUGAUGCGGCUAAAGGAAGCCCUUGUCCAGAAACGUGAAAAGUCAUUGAAGUCCUUGAUAGCUCAAACAGAUGCGUGUGGGAGAUUCAUCUUUAACUAUUUCAAGCAAAGUACCGCCCGCCAAACAUCGUCAGUUGUGCUCCCGCGACGCGAUGAGCUCAUACAGCAGUUCAGCGAUGCAUUCGACAAUCUGCUUCAGAAGUUCGACCGAAUUGACAAUUCUGACUCGCAUCUUAUUGGCAUCGCAAUGCGCUUUUCCGUUCGAGCACUAGAGACCAACAUCGAUUUGUCCAAAUUACCAUACGCCAAAGGCGCUGGUUGGCGAUCGACAAAACAAUCCUCGAGCACACGCGAACGCAAAUCCUUGAUGACAUCAUGGAGUGGGUGAAUGAUACUCGUGAAGGCACCGAACAAGUGUAUCUACUUCUCCGCCGCGCUGGUACGGGGAAAUCAACUAUCGCACACACAAUUGCGGGGCGAUUGGGCGGCCUUGGUCGCCGUGGAUCAUCGUUCUGCUGUAGCACCGCGUUUGCGGAUCGAGCGAAUUGUUUGUUCUCCACCGUGGCGAAGGACCUUGCCGACUUAAACGACGACUUCAAAGAGGCCCUAUGGAAACAUGUCGGCCACAAAAGUGCCCUUCUAUUCAAUGACGGACCUGCAGAGCAAGUAAAGCAUCUGCUUCUGGAGCCCUCUUGCUCUAUGCGGCUCGUGACGAACGUUCUCAUAUUGAUCGUUGGACUUGACGAAAUUGGCAAGCCCAGCGUUAGCAAAGCGUUCCUCGACAUUCUCUCCAAGCAGCUCAAGCAGUUACCACCGCAGGUCCGCGUUCUCCUUACCGCCCGCCCGGAGAAGGAUAUCUAUCGUGCCUUUGAUGGUGCAGAAUCGGUCCACAUUCGAGAACUGGCAACCGUUGAGCGGACAUUCAAGCGUUCGUGCGGAGGGAGCUCGAGCAGUCUCUGGGGGACGAGCGUCAUGAAGAAUGCUACAGGGAGCUAGCUAAAAAGUCGGAAGGCCUCUGGGAAUGGGCGCGUGUGGCAUGCUGGUUUACGGGUAGCCCCCGUCGUGGGCAGGGCGAGGUGGGAUGCCAGGUUGGGGCCCUACCGCUGGGUUUUCAAGCUGCUUCCGGCGGAUGGGGUGGACGUCACUCGGAAGAGGAGGUAGACGACGGGCGGGCUGCGAAGAAGCCAGCGACAGCUCAGCGAAGCAGACCUGACCAAAGCCGCCCUGCAUGCCGGCGAGCUCGUCGUCCCCAUCCCCUUUUACUGGCUCUCCCGCUGUCCCUCCCUCUGUCCCUCCCUCUGUUUCUGUCUCUGUCCGCCUCUCUCGCCCUCUCUCAGCUCUCGUUUCGAUCCUCCCGUCUUUCGAAUGCUCCAUCAGCCUCGUGCCAUCCACGAGCAAGUCCUUCUAUCUCAGGUUGCCCUCCCUCGGAAUCUCACCAUCUCUCGUCCUUCCCGAUCGCACCGUUAGAUCUGACUACAUCCCCAUGAGCGACCUCUCAGCAGAGCCAUCUUCUCUCGGCCAAUCUCGUCUCGCUUACACUCUCCACGUCUCUAGUGACCUUCAAUCGCAUUGACCGAACCACACCAAAGCAUCCGUUAUCCGACUCGUCUGUUUCGCUUGCAUCACUCUCGACAUCUGCUUAUCCGAAGCUGUCUACGCCCUGAUCAGCCUCUGUACCAUCGGACAAUAUGCAGCUUCGCACCGCCUCUCCAUUCCACAAGCUUGCCCGUGCGCAGAUAUAAUGCACCAUUUCUUUCAGUUCAAGUACCUAUCGUCUUCUCGCCCCCACGACCCGCGACUCGAGACCGGAUCCGCUACCACUGCGCACUACCCGCACUUUUAUCAUAAGCACACGAUCCACCAUUCAGACGCCUAUCAUAGCCAUGCCAGGCUGUUAGAUGGGAACGCCGGGCUGCUGGGUGGGUUCGCCAAGCUGCUGGGCGAGGUCAAUGACGACAGAAGGUCGGGUGCUAUUCUUGAAGGGUAUUUGACGAUCGAGCGCAUGACGACGACAGGGACGAUGUACCUUGCACCCAUACAAGUGGGGAGCUUUCCGUGGAGAAUACGCCGGUCUUAUCGGAUGAGCUUGUGCCGUCAGAACGAGGGCGUUACGAAUGACGAGACGCCGAGAACGAGUACCCUGCCGAUUGGCAAAACAUCUUCACCUACAACAUCGUGAGGGGACUCGGAAGACUCGCCUGGGUCAAGUCAUGCAUCGACACCGCCGUCCGAGCCUAUCUCGUCCGACACGGACUGCACGGAGAUUGGCAACAGUAUAGAGGGCGUGAAGCAUGCGUACUUGUCUAGCCUUCUUCAGGUUAGCGCCUUCUCGCCAAAGUCGUUGCGUUUCUGUCCACUCCAGAGCUCCCACCGUGAGGACGAAGAAUACUCCUUAGCCACGCUACACCAGUGAGAGACUUGGGAGUACAACGACCGUCCCGCAAUGAGCUGGUGCCCUGACAGAUCAGCACUACCUAAUAUAGAAUCUAAAGGAAUGUGGAGGUGGUAAAUAGAAGAUACUGUGGAAUAUACCUGAAACUUAUUGAGUGAGA